AUGAAUGCUGAAGAAUUUCGCGCCAAAGCCGUCAGUGGGGAGGUGCCGAUCAAGGGCCAUGAUCAGGUGUUGCGAAUAGCAUAUCUCUAUAUGCAUCAAGGAGAUUGGUAUGGAAGUAACAAUGGAGUGUUGGGUGAGGUGGAGAAGCUCCAUACGCGCGGCUGGUCAUUUGGCCAGGGAGAGUUGGCUUUCAAUCGCUCUCUCGAUACCUUCUACGUGGCCCAGAUAGCAGCCGGCAUAUUCCGCUGGUCCGACCAAAUGGAGAGCGAGUUGCCCUCAGCAGACGACUUUGACACCUUCUACGCCCAGCAUCACCACUCGCUUCUAUCGCCUACCCGACCUACAAGACCUCCCCAAGGAACCGGCCAUUUGACCCGACUUCCCCGCUGGGCAUAUAACGCCUCGCGCACUGCUUGGAGACAGCCCACCCUCCCCGCCGCAAGCCAGACUCAGAUAGCCCUCUCCACCCUGCAGCAGACCAUCUCACGACAGCGCGGGGCCGGUUACCCAAGCGUUUCACCUUACUCGGAGACUCAAGCCCGCUUCUGGCUCGAGAGAAUGGGCAUGUAUUCGGCCAGAGCCGCCCCUAAGGAGGCAUGGAGACGCUACAACUUCGGCGCCAAGGUCGCGCAAGGAUGGUACGAUAUGUGGAAAUGGGAAGCGUACUACUCGCGGAACCGAUGGGACUCGGUUGAAGCGCGAAAUGCGUAUCUCGAGCCGGAUCUGGAUGGGACGCGCAAGAGCGAGGUGACCUGGAGCGGUUUGCCGGACGGUGGGACGGCGUUCAUGGCGUGGACGAGAGGGUGGGAUCCCGAGGUGGGGAGUGAGGAGGAGAUUGCCUUUCUGGCUGCUGUUGCCGCGAAAGAGACGGAGGGGGUUAUCGAAGUCGACAAUUUGGACUAUGCAAUGCGAUCGCACAUGCUUUGGGGGGUGAUGCGUCUUGCGUUUGAGUCUGCUGAGCGGGAAAGACUCAUGGAGGACCUGAAGCGGGGGAUCGUUAAGACAGGCAGAAUUGAUGAUGAAACCAAGGCCGAGCAGUGGAAUUCAACAGGUUUUGAUGGUGAUGGAGCCGUAUGUGCAGAAGUCGGAUGCACAAUGGCCUGCCGCUGUGGAGGAUCGGAUUGA